UUCGUACCGUUCAGCUGCCUGAGCGGCUCAGUCACAAUUUGAAGCUCGUUGUGGCACGUAUCCCACCGGGAGAUUUUCCACUUUGGAAAAAACAAUUUGGUGCCUCGUGGGAGAACGCUGUCCGUGUAUGAUGAUCGGCGCUACAUGGGAAACCGCGAAAGAGCCGAGCAGCUCAUCGGCACCUUCAUUCUCGUUUCCAUUGGUCACAAACCGCAUAUUAUUCAAGUUAUAUGUACUGUGUGCCAUACUUUCCCUCAUUCCUUGCGCAAUGUAUUCCUGCGGCUACAUGACCACGCAUAAAUCAGCGGUGAGAGAAUAGCGACCAGACAAUAUCGAAUGCCUCGACGAUCCAGCAUCUGCGCCGACCGUCGCUUACGGGAGUCAACGGCCCUGGUUCAUCCGAAAGAGUAAACGCCACGUCGGGAAUACUGAGACUAGACUACAAUGUGACCGGUGAGAGGGACUCCUUGAAACCCGUCGAGUGCUUCGCACCGGGGACGGUUCCUGGACUUGGGAAGAGGAUGUGCGUCUGCCGCGACGGCUGGCACGGCGGCGACUGCGCCGUCCCCAGCGCAGUCUGGUCGACGCCGGUGUUCCGCAAGUGGUACUCCGAGGGUCUCAUAACGCGCCGAUCACGGCCGCGCGCGGUCUUCAACGGGAUCUCUUUGAACCACGAGCUUGACAUGCUCGAGAUACACGUGAAUGAGCUGAGCGACGCUGUAGACCGCUACGUGGUCGUCGAGUCCAACACCACCUUCUUCGGCGAUGCUAAGCCGCUUUACCUGCAGUCGAACCUGAAUGCCGGCUUCCUGGGUGAGCACGCGCACAAGAUCGUGCCACUGACAGUGGGUGAGCAGAAGUGUAAUGGCUGCGAUCCGUUUUGGCAGGAGUAUCACAGCCGCAAUGCUACCUGGCUGGAGGGCCAACGGUGGUUGGGAAACAUCUCGGACGACGACCUCUUCUUACUGACCGACGCCGACGAGCUACCGAACCGUGACGUGGUGCUCUUCUUGAAGCACCACGACGGCUACGGAGAGCCGAUCGGCCUGACCCUGCGCUGGUUCCUGUACGGCUUCUUCUGGGAGCGCAGGAGCGCGAUGCACGUGUACGCUGUGUGCACCGUCGGCUUCCUGCGCACCGUCUGCGCGAACGACCCCGUGACACUGCGUCAGGGCAGGUGUCUCGUCCCCAAGCUACCGUCUCCAAUCCACCGCCCCCGACCCACCGUCCCCGUGCUUGUUGGCACGGGAACGGUGGCCCACCAGUGGGUCAUCCAAGGAGCACGGCCACGCUUCUCCGGCUGGCACUGUUCGUGGUGCUUCAACGCCCAAGGCAUACAGGUGAUGCAGCCGUCUACUCUGGCACGCACCACAGGACGAGGUCACGUCAUUGAUUUUUUGCUUUGAACAGCGUUUGCGCUAACCAUUUA